GGAGGCGCCGCUUGCUGCUGAGGCGGCUGGGCUCUGCGCGGACUCGGCCUGUGACAGCGCGACGAGCGCGGCGCUCCCGAUCGGACGAAUGUAUGACAACAUGUCCACAAUGGUGUACAUAAAGGAAGAGAAGCUGGAGAAGCUAACACAGGAUGAGAUCAUUUCUAAGACCAAGCAGGUGAUCCAGGGGCUGGAAGCCCUGAAGAACGAGCACAACUCCAUCCUGCAGAGUCUGCUGGAGACGCUCAAGUGCUUGAAGAGAGACGAUGAGAGCAACCUGGUGGAAGAGAAAUCCAGCAUGAUCCGCAAGUCCCUGGAGAUGCUGGAGCUCGGCCUUAGUGAGGCACAGGUUCUGGGAAAGGAUCAUCCUGACGUUGCCAAACAGCUGAAUAACCUGGCCCUGCUGUGCCAGAACCAGGGCAAGUAUGAGGAGGUGGAGUACUACUACCAGAGGGCCCUGGACAUCUACCAGACCAAGCUGGGGCCUGAUGACCCCAACGUGGCCAAGACCAAGAAUAACCUGGCUUCCUGUUAUCUGAAACAAGGGAAGUUCAAACAAGCAGAAACAUUGUACAAGGAGAUUCUUACCCGCGCACAUGAACGGGAAUUUGGAUCUGUGGAUGAUGAGAACAAGCCCAUCUGGAUGCACGCUGAGGAGAGAGAAGAGUGCAAAGGAAAGCAGAAGGACGGGUCGUCUUUUGGAGAGUAUGGUGGCUGGUAUAAAGCCUGCAAAGUGGACAGUCCCACCGUCACAACCACUUUGAAAAACCUUGGAGCACUUUACCGUCGGCAGGGGAAGUUCGAAGCUGCAGAAACAUUGGAGGAAGCUGCUAUGAGGUCACGUAAACAGGGUCUUGACAAUGUUCACAAACAGAGGGUGGCUGAAGUACUAAAUGACCCUGAGAACGUGGAGAAGCGGAGGAGCCGGGAGAGUCUCAACGUGGACGUGGUCAAGUACGAGAGUGGCCCUGACGGAGGGGAGGAAGUGAGUAUGAGCGUAGAGUGGAAUGGGGAUGGCACUGGAUCUUUAAAGCGCAGUGGCUCCUUUAGCAAACUCCGGGCUUCCAUUAGACGCAGCAGUGAGAAGCUGGUUAGGAAGCUGAAGGGAGGAAGCUCCCGGGACGGUGAGCCGAGGAACCCCGGCGAUCCUGGAGUGUUUCUCUUGGGAGUAGUGAGCCCUUUGAGAGCCCAGACUCACCUGACAGGCAGCAGAGUUCUCGCCCCUGGCUGAGCAGUCUCAGAAGGUAGCAGGACUUGCUGCAUGAAUUCGUUCUGUAAGAUGUACAGAGAAUGGGGAAUCCCCAGGCACUAAAUCCAGUUACAGAAGGAACAGGUGAGAGAAAGGCCCACUCUCCAGGUCCCAUGGUCCCCAAUAUUCCUAAGGCAGGAGAGGUUACCUUAGGUGUUUCCUGUUUUGGUUGACAAUGUGCUGACAGGUUUGUCUUGCAUGUCCAUGUCUGGGUUGCAGUAUGAAGCGUGUCAGUUCUCUGAGCGUUCUUAAUGCGGGCGGCAAAGCCACAGAAGAUUGCUUCCAAGUAAGGAGCCUGCCCUGCUCGUGUCCUAGCUCCCUGGCCCUGCACUCACCCCUCUGUGACGGGCUGAUAUCUGGUGUCUCACUGCAUAUCACUGGGGUUGCCUUCAGAACGCCAGCUGGUGAUGCAGCCCUCUAAGGGUAGCUUGAGCGGGGUACUGUGUUCACCAGCAGUAGUGUCACAGUGAUGGAGCCCUCCAAGGGUAGCUUGAGCGGGGUACUGUGUUCACCAGCAGUAGUGUCACAGUUGAAGCAGUUUCCUUGUAGGAUUAAGAUGUCUGUAACUGCUGUCCCCGUGCAGCUCGGCAGAGUGGCCUUUCUUUUCCUUUCUGUGACCUGAAUUGGCAACUGGGUGUGGCCAUCAGCUGUGCUCUAGAACCUGCCCCAUUGCUUGUAUGCUCUGAGUAUCCCGACAGCCGGAGGAGUGUUCUGACUAACUGCUGCCACACAGAGCUCAGUCCAAGGGGACAGACUCUCUGCCCAUCACACCUGAGGAGGCCACAGCUCUUUCAGUGGGCCAGAUUUAACUAAUAAGGUGUCAGCUGUCACCCUAGCCCCAAGCAGAGGCCGAAGGAUACUUUAAGACAGAGGGUGUGUGCUCCAGGCACCUGGCCUGGGAGUUAGAGAUUGAUUUUUGAUGCUGGGAUACACUGAGGCUGCUGCUCACUAAACACUAAACACAUACCCGGUAGAGCUGCACUCAACCCUGAGCUGUACCUCUAAUGCAAAUGUUUACUGUUUUUACAUGCAUAUAUUUGGGAUCAGAGGUCAUACUGCUUAAUGGUGAUCUCCAUAGAAGUAUUGAUUAAUUUUAAUUUUUCCAUUUGCUUUUUUACACAGGAACGAAAUAAUGGUCUGGCAGACUCGAGAACACUGAGCGCCAGCCACACUGACCUCGCCCACUGAGGGCUGGGGCUGACCUAGAUAGGAUCCUGAGAUAUGAAACACUGACCGCCUGAGGCCCUGGCAGUUCCUCAGCUUGCCCAGGAGGGAGCUUGUCCUCUUGGUUGUAGUGGGCUUUCUUUCUAGAUGGGGAUGUUCACCAAGAGCUGCAGGCUGUUGCUUAAAAAGUGCCUGGCAGCCAUGCCCCAGAAUUCUGUUGCUUGAUCUGCAUCUGUGCCUGGGGCUGCUUAUGGCCAGAGCCAGUAGCGCCGUGGCCAGGGAGGCAAGCCAGGCGACAGCUGGUGGCCUAGGCAUGUGUGGAUCAGCUGCUGCAUGCGACUUCUGCCAGCCACGCUGUUGUGACACCUAGAUCUAGUUAAAAUUUAACACUGAGAAAGCUGUGAAGUAAGAAUCAGAGCUUAAAUCACUUCCUUCAGACGAAGCGUGCACAGUGGCCUACCCGUGUCUCUUUAGCUUCAUGUGUAGAAGGCAGAGACAGAGAGGCAGUGCACGGAGGACUGCUUCCCACAGGGCUCUGUAGACCUCCUGCUGUUGGGUCAGUGGUGGUGGUGGGCACCUGGGAUAUGCUAAGCAUACAGAAGCUUUUUCAUGGGUGUGUUUGACAAUGUUCCGAUCGACCUAUGGCAAUGUAUGAGCCUAACUUAAAGCUCCAAGAACUCAGGCCAGAAGCAGUGGACUUGCCGGCCCACAGUAGGGCAGUGGGAUGUGGCCUGUGGGUUGCAGGGACUCUGUCUCAGCCUCACAUCAGUCUGAGGAACUGCAUGGCUCCCAUAAAACACCAAGGUUUGGGCUUGUGUUAAACAUUCAUUAACUGAUCACAGCCAGUUACAGAGUUUCUUAGGCCAGGUGUGGUGGCACACAACUUUAAUCUCAGCACUCAAGAGACAGAGGAAGGUGGGACUCCAGGCCAGCCUGGUCUACAGAGUGAGUUCCAGGCCAGCUAGAGCUACACAGAGAAACCCUGUCUUAAGGUAGAGUACAUGGUUGGGGCUGAGGAGAUGGAUAAGCAGGCAAAGCUCUUGCCAUACCAGUGUGAGUUCCUCAGAAUCCUUGGAAAGAUUCAGUGGCUAUGGGGCCUCCUGGGAUCCAGGCCUGCAGAAAGCAGAGACAGAAUCUUGGAGCAAGUUGGCUGGCCUGACCAGCUGACCUUGCUUCAGAGGAGCACUCUGGGAACUUGUAUGCACUCAACACUGUGCAAGGUUCUGUGGACUUAAUGUUCUCAGGAGAAAAGCAGGGCCCAGCUGUCCCUUUCACAUUGUUCUUCUCAAGAAAGGGACGUGUCAUCAGCCUGCUGUGGUUAUUACUGGGAAGCUCGUGGGUGGUGCAUGGUCCUAGGUGUGGGGUGUUGGAAGACUUCAGAUAGGAAUUUUCUGGAAAGCUGCUAGAGAUGUCAUGUAGAAAGUCUGUGUGAGUGUGUGUGUGUGUGUGUGUGUGUGUAAGAAUGGCUGUGUGGAGAUCAGGAUAACUCUGCAUUCAUUCCGUUCUCCUCAGUUCUAGAGAGUGAACCUAGGUUGCCGUUGUGCUGCAAAUUCCUUUCCUCUCUGCGCCAUCUUGCCAGCCUGAGGAAAUGAACGUUCUUAGGAAUAUAUACUGAAAUAACUGCUAGAGAUGUGUGCUUACAGCUCAUGUAGCCCUACGGGGCACGUGAGCCUAGUUUCUGUCUCCUACGUCUUCACUUGGUCUUGUCCUGAUUGUCCCUGGGGUGUAGGUGAGCAGGAAUCCGGGCAGCUAGCUGGCUGUUGUAAAUGCAGGUACAACAUGUUGGCAAGGUGUUCCCAUAUCCUGAAAGAUACUCUCGACUUAUCAGGUGGACCAAUGUUGGGGUGGACCUUCAGGGCCCCUUGACCUGGCUGGUGGAUCCAAGCCCUAGGAGCUUUUGGGCAUGUCUUCUAAGUGUGUCUGUCUGGGAACUGUCUUUUAAUUUUCAAUACAAUCUCUUCAGAAAAGAAUUUGGAAGUGUUGAUACUUUGUUACAAAACUAAAGCUUUAUUUCCCGCCAUAAAGCCCUCCGGUUUUGCAGAGGUGUGUUAUAUGAACCUCCUCUACCCAAGCAGCUGUGUCCCUCGUUUACUUCAGUCUCCUCAGCCUCUCAGGCCGUGUCAGCGGGCUGCAGCUCAGUGUAGAGCACUUGCAUGCAGGAGACCCUAGGUUUAGUCUGCAAGAUUGCCAAAAGCGGGGUAGGAACCCCGGGGGCUGUAAACGUUUGAUGAGUUCAGAAGAGCGUGGGGCCGCCCUGUGGAUGUCAUGGAAUAUAUCAUAAGUGGGUUGUUUUCCCUAUUUGAGUGGGGACAGUGACAGUGCAUGUCCUGGUGUGGGGAGUCAGACACCACUGGAGCAACAGGACUCCUUGGUGAAGCCCACUCGGCACACUUGCUGGUGGGAGGCUGUGCUACCUGGCAGGAUCUUCAACACCACAGCCCUGUCUUCAGAGGCCACAGUGCUUGGUGACUGUUGAGACUCAAGUCUACACGGUGCUGAUUCUGAGUGCAGAGCGAAUGUCACCAGGAGGCCUGCCCGCCGGGUGAGCGUGUGCAGUCCUGUUGGGUGUUCUGUGGUACCCUCCAGCCUGCAUGCACUGGCAAGCCAGAGUUGCUGGGUAUACUAGCCAGGCCUCAGUGAGGACACAGAAGCCUAGGGCCCUUUUUAUAAGUUGCCCAAAGCUACUUAGUCUAGGCAGCUGAGUCAGGCUAGGCCCGCCUCCCUUCCUCAGAGUGUUUUCUUCACUCUGUCCUAAAAUGUUGUAUAUGUAUGGGGAGGGACACAUGGGGGAGAAUCUCACUGCAAGCCACGUUUGGCCCGAGUGGUGGGUGUUACUGCGCGUGCGUGUGCGUGUGUGUGUAGUGGGGGCCGAGGGGAGUUAAGACCAUCCUGCAGGAGGGGAGGCCCCGCCAAGCUGCUGACUGAGUCCCAGACAAAAAGCAGAAAAAAGAGGGAAGAGCUGAGUCUUGCCAUUCUGAGGUCCCAGGGAGACCCUCAGGGCUGGCAGAGCUCCUGUUGGUUGGUCAUCCUCUAAUGGGUAGUGUGAGGCCAAACCCCAAGGCUCAAGAGUAGGUGAACCCCAGGGAGGAGAGAGUAGAUACUGACUGUCACUCGGUGCCUGACACAGGUUGUUGGAAGGCGACCUCAGAAUCUACUGGCCCCACUGUUAGUAGGACUCCGUUCCUGGAAUCCCUCUAAUGCCUUCCUCACUGACUGUGUAGCAACAGGAGGAGAGGGGUAGGUGGGGGGCAGAGAGCACUCGGAGAGUUCGAGCUGGGCUUCUGGACAAGCCUGUGGUAACAUCAUCCUCACGGAGCCGGUCAGCCAUCAGUUGCAUCAGGAGCUGAUUAGCCCAGGUGAUGCCAAGGGCUGGAGAGAGGCGCUCGUCCCAAGCCCUGAGACACAAAAUGGGUGUUGGUGCUUGUACACCCCACCCCACCCCACCCCAGUGUUUGGCAUGCCGAGGUGUCCACACUCACCCCAGUGACCUGGGCACAGACUCCUGGCCCUCCACCAUUUCUGUUACCUGAAAAAAGCAAGUGAGGGUUAGCGACAGCGUCCACCUCAGUCGCCUCCCUUCCGGCCAGCCGCUUGCUUUCCCCACGGUCGGGGGCAGCGCUCUGCCUUCCGGCCAGCCACACCUACCUGGUUGAUGCACAGCACCGGGCUCCGGAAGGUGCUGCUCAGCCUAAGAAGCGCGGCCCCCAGCGAGUGCAGGUGCUUCGCCCUGACAGCCGAGGCCUGAAGAUGGAACUCACAUCGAAACGGGGCCGCGAUGGAGUCAACCACCACCAGGCGGGCCAUGCCCCUCGACAGCAGAGCGGGGACCUUCUUAGUCACACACUCCAGCAAGGUGUCCUGUGGGGGACACGUCACGGUCUAGGCUGACGCCACCCGCCAGUGGCCUCCACGUGCUCAGAACUCCCUGACUAGCUUUUUGACAUUAGCUGCCUCCUGCCCACCCGGGGUGAAGACUCACACCUGGACCUUCACCCACUGCAGUCACUGCACUUCAGUCCACUGCAGACACUGAGGACACCCAGCCCAGCUACAGCUCCGUGGCUGACGCGGUCACCUCAGUAGGCUGUAGUGUAGAGAGCAGCUCUGCUUGGUCUUGCUUGAGUAGGAUGUGUGCAGGAUGUGUGUGUAUGGGGAGGUAGGUGCCUUCCAGGUCUCUGUGUUGAUGGGGCAGGCCAGACCUGCUGUGGUAGGAUGGAGUAGUGGUUUGGGAGUCUUUUCUGCACACAUCAGGUACCAUCCACUCCUAAAGGAGUUGGAACCCUGCACCAUUCCCAGUGGCUGUUCCCUGGAGAAAUGCUAUUGGGGACAGAGAAGGGAUGGCUCCAGGGUCAUCUCCCCUGCUGCCCUCUCCGGGGCCCUAGGCUUUCUUGGGGCCACUGUGCCCUGUUUGGCACUGGACUUGGGUGACUUUUGAUGUGGUUAAGUGGCCCAGGUGACAAGGUAGGCUUGUAUGGCGACAGUAGAUGCUGCUGUCAGAGGAAGGUCUUGCUAGUGACCGUGUGGCUACAACAGGGCUUGAGGUCUCAGCCAGGGCCUUCGUAUUGUUCCUGAGUUCAGGGUCUUCAUGCAGUCUUGGCUGGCCAAGCAGGGAGCCCAACACCAACUCACUGGCAGCUGUGAGGAGCUGUCAGAUUCCAGCAUCCGGCCGGGCGUGAAAUUCAGUCUGUACUUCUCUCUAGGGCGUCCCCCGCAGAGCCUCUUUGUGUGGAGAACGACACCAGCAGCCUAGAAGACGCUAGCACUAAUUGACCUGAGCCUGGUCUGCUUUAAACACCAUGCUGCUGCUGCUGCUGCUGGCUCCAGAGCUGGCCCUGUGAAGGCCAGGGUGGGGCCGGGAGGGCCGUGGCCGGGGUCCGCAGUGCUAACUUAGCUCCCCUGCCCAUUCAUAUGCUGUGGAGCUCAUACUAAUAACUAUACACCACUAGUAGGGUCUUGGAGAGCAACUCUCAGUCCAUAAGGCUGCUGACCUGGCCCCCGGCUCCUUCCUGGGAGGCCCACGGACAGGACAGGUCCAGCUCCUGCUGCUUCUGCCUGGCCUUUCUGUGGAACUUCUUAUGUGUGUAGUUCUGUGUCGUGUGUGAUAAUGUAUUUUAUUGUACAUUUUUUAAAAUUAAAAAGUUUAUAUGCCUUACCGUCUACCAGAA